CUGAACCUCCAGGCGCCUCCCUGGGUGUCAGGCUUGGGCAGAACCCAACUGGUGCCCCAGCUGGGUCUCCCUUGCGACAACCACAGCAGCCAUGUGGGUCCCCGGACUCCUGGGUCCCUGGGUUUUGGUCCUGUCCCUGUCCGCAGGGGGCUGCCAGGCUCUUUCCUUCCAGCUUCCGCCGCAGACCCGCAAAUGCCUGAAAGAGGAGCUGCACCGGGACGUCAUGGUCACCGGGGAAUACGAGGUCUCCGAAGCCGCCGCGCCGGGAAUCCGGACCGACUUACGGGUCACGGACUCCUCCGGACACCUCUUGUACUCCAAGGAUGAGGCCAAGAAAGGGAAAAUGUUCUUUAUCACGGAAGAUCAUGAAAUCUACGAAAUUUGCUUUGAGAGCCACGGACAGCCAGGGAAUUUCCAAAUUCCCUACAAACUCGUCACCCUCAACAUCAAGCACGGCGUGGAGGCACGGAAUUACGAGGACAUCGCAAAGGCAGAGAAACUGAAGCACUUGGAGGUGGGCCUGCGGCGUCUGGAGGACCUGUCGGAAUCCAUCCUCAAAGAAUUUGCUUUCAGGAAGCAACGGGAAAAGGACGGGCACAGCACCAAGCCAUCCACUGGCACUCUGGUCUUCCGCUUCAGCGUCCUCUCUACGCUUUGCCUCUUGGCUCUGGGUGUUUGGCAGUCCUUUUAUUUCAAGCGUUGUUUUAAGUCCAUGACAAUCAGCGAGUGA